UUCUUUUACGCAAUUUAUCCUCCAUGGCGGGUCGGUAUUAGACGGAGACAAGUGUAGUGUUAGUAUCAUAUAGCCUGACCUGCGACACUGACAGAGACAUCUAGAAUCUAGCUAGUAACAGCAGUUGUUAAAAGUUUUAGAAAGGGAUCUAUAAAUCUUUAAAGGUAUGGAUGGGAUGAGCUGGACUGGUCCAAGGAUGAGUAUCAGGGAUCUCCUGGAGAAGGUCGACCUAUUCAAUGUAGCGGUGGAGGACAGCACUAAGGAGCAGAAUACUGGAGAGGCGCUGAACAAAAAUAUGGAGAAGAAUAGGGAGGGAAAAACUGUCAUCAAGGUUUCUGAUCCAACCUCUGCCUACCUGGGUCCUAAACUCUGGGAUAAACAGAUAACUCUCGACCUUGACUUCGAGGAUAUCAAGGAAAACGAGGUCAUGAACAUGGAGGAUUUCCUUGCUGAAAAUAACAUAACCCUUGAUCAGGAGAGAAGCAAUAGCGACACUGAUGAGCCAUUAGAGGUUGCCUUGGCGUCUGACUCUCUGUGGCGGACCCUGGAGGAUAUGGAAACAGAAUCCAAGAUGCUGGAUGACACGGAGGCCAUCGAUAUGAAACCAGUUCUCAAAUCAUGUGGGGUUAUUGUGAAAAAACAAGUUUCCAAAGAGGAUAAAAAACCUGCUCUGCCCAAGGGGGACAACGGUUUCCUGUAUGCAGAAUCCAAAAGAGCAAAGAUGGAGAGGGAGAAGGAGGAGAGGAAAAGAAAGCUAGAGGUGGAAAUGGAUUUUCCCGCCGAGGAUUUAGCGCUGGCUACCAUUCCAGGAGUCAACUUUAAUCCUAGGGAGCGUGCAUUUGAUAUGGAGGAGUUGAGGCCCCAACCUAUUAUUAGGAAACGUCAGAAAUCAUUUGUACCCGACGAAGCGAAGGAUGAUAAAUAUUGGGAAAACAGAAUCAAGAAUAAUAUUGCUGCUCGUAGAUCUCGUGAGGCUCGAAGACUGAAAGAAAAUCAAAUUGCUCUGAGAGCAGCUUACCUGGAGAAGGAGAAUAAGCUUCUCAAGAAGGAGUUGGAUGACGUGUACUUCUUGAACUCAAGGGUUGCUGCAGAGAAGAAGAUUCUGCUCUUGAAGCUGGCUAAAUACGAGAAAUAAAUAUUCUGCUCUUGAAGCUGGCUAAAUACGAGAAAUAAAUACCUGGAACAUUUGACCGGAAGUAAAUUUUGUUCUUCACACUGUGGAAUAAGUAGUUCAGUAAUCCAACCUUGAAAGGGAGUGAACUGUUAACAAAUUUGGACAGGGGAAAUAGAAUAUGGUUUCUUACAUCCAAAUUUUCUUGACUAACGCAAUCGAACCUAUAGUUUAUGCAUGAGCUUCCGACAUGAGAGUUAUCUUUCUUUGUUCUUAAUAAAAUGCAUUUCCGGAUCGAAUUACAUAAAUUACAAUAAAUUACGUUUCUAAAAAAAUUAAUAUCCUUUAAAAAUCGAUUUAAUUUUCUAAAUCUAAAUCUAAACCAAGGAAAUUUAAAAUUUGUAUUUUGUCAAUCAUUUCCACUCCGCACACUCAUCCAAAAGAAGUGUUUUAAAAUCUUAAAUCUUGAGAAAAUUGGGAUAUUUAAAUAAAUAUCCUAUUUUAUAUUUUUACUUAAAUUCUAAUAUAUCCAUAAAAACAUAUUCCCCAGUCAGUAGUAAAAUCAAAAAAGAAUGUUUCACAAUUAUUUUUCCUCUUUUUCAAGCGCAUCACCACUCACCAGUCCAAGUUAAAUUUACCGGUGUGAAGUAUUUGAAACCAAUGAUGGAAUCAUUUUUCGUAGAUAUUUAACGUAGAAUCAUAUAUUCCAUAAUCUGAAAAUAUUACUUGUAAAUAUAUAUAUAUAUAUAUAUAUUAUAUUUAAAGCUUACCUCUCCUGAGGUUUGAUAUUUUAACAAAUGCCGAGGAAACAGUUUUUCAAACAUUUUAAGAAAUUAUUUAUUUUUUUUUCUUAAAUUAUUUUUGUAUAAUGUGCGUAAUACAUUGUCAAAUUGCAGAUUUUUUUCUGGAAUAUAAUAAAACAAAGCCAUGGUACAAAAUUGAACCAGGAAGAAAGUGUUUGUGCAUUUUUCGGGGAAAAAGUUUUUUUUCCCUUGAUAAUUUGUCAAAGUUAUAAAUUUCCACAGCAAGAUUUUAUUAAAAAUACCUUUAUCUCAAACUAAAAUCUUAUUCAUCAAACUCUGAAAGAAAUAUAUUGAAGCUUUAACCUUG